CACUUGAGCUGCUCCUUCGGUUACCCCAUUCUCUCCUUAUUUAUCUCUCUGUCACCCCCAGAAACUACUACUAAACCCUGUUGAGAGAGAGAGGGGGGGUCUGCUAUCUUCUUCCAUUUUCUCUUUACAAAUAAGAGAGAAACAGAGAGAGAAAAGAGUUGGGAUGGGUAAUCAUAAGUUCAGGUUAUCAGAUAUGAUACCAAAUUCCUGGUUUCAAAAGCUGAAAGACAUGGGCAGAAUCAGAAACCAAAACACCACUCAUACUAGAAAGAAAAAACCACCUCCCACAUCAUCAAAAUCAACCUCAACAACAACAACAUCAUCAACUGCAACUUACAUUCCACCCAAAACAGAGCAACCCAAACUCCUCUCCCACCAAAGGAAAUCUUACUACUUCACACGAGACCUCACUCCUCCUUCCCCACAACCAAAAGGCCCAAAAAUCCCAGAAACCCAUUUCCAAGAAUCACCAAGAAAGUCACCCAAACAGAAAAAACACCGCACCACCAAAAAGGGUAGGAACAGAGUAGUCACCACCUCCUUUGUUUCCACCGGUUGCGGCUGUCGGGCAACCGUUGAGUCCAUUUCGACUAACCCCGAUUCGAUAUCCGAAGAUUACCCGAUUUCCUCCCUGGAUAGCUCAUCCGAAAACCAAUCUGUUUUUCCAGAAUUUUGUUCUGGCCAUGACAAAGAAAAGGGAAUUUCCUCUUCUCCAUCCUCUUGUCAAUGCAGACUACAGAACAACAUCGUCAUAAACCCGAAUGAGAAGAAAACAAACGUGACAUUCGAUGGGUUUGUGGAACUUUCCCGGCUAGAACUGCCUCCAAUUGUAACAAAAAAACCCAAAUUUCCCAAAGAAUUUGGAAAGCCCACCAAUCAGCUAGAAAAAUCUGGAAAACAGAGGAGUGGCCCCGUUCGAUCUUCGGGAGUGAGGCUACGGACUAAUUCUCCAAGAAUAGCAAGCCGGAAAAUCCAGGCCUUUGCCCGGAAAAGCGUGUCGUCCAGCUGCCGUAGGGUGAGAGGGAGCCUGUCGGAGAGUUUCGCGGUGGUGAAGACGUCGGAGGACCCACAAAGGGAUUUCAGGGAGUCAAUGGUGGAGAUGAUUCUUGAAAACAAUCUCAGGGCUUCAAAGGACUUGGAAGAUUUACUAGCUUGUUAUCUUCAGUUGAAUUCAGAUGAAUAUCAUGAGCUGAUUGUUGAAGUGUUCAAGCAAAUAUGGUUUGAUAUUGCUGGUGUCAAGGUGAAGUAAUAUGUUCAAGAAAUGAACUGAAUAUUAACCUCUUCAGGAGUCUUUUUUAGGUAUGGUUUUUCUCAUAGUGUUUCUAGUUAUAACUUUAGUUUAUGUACGUAGAAGUGAGCAUUAAAUUAGAAAGUGCGUACCUGGUUCUCUAAUUGUAAAAUUAGUUAGAUUUAUGUCUCACAACAGUUUCUAUUUUAUAUCGCAUUAAGAAAGUUUGCAGAUUUCAUCGGUUAAUGCAA